GUUAAGAUCGUUUUACAUACACUUUUUUCAAGACGUAUUUUAAUCAUGAAGCAUUUUCGAUAAAUUUAAAAGUAGUUUAACAUAAACCUCAUCACAUUUAAAAAAUAAACUGUAAAUUUAUUUUUCUUGUCGACGAAUUUCGUAAUGUUGGUAAUAUUGUUCCGAGGGCAUUGAAUGUUUGAUAGCACGUUGUGACUCCUUGUACCGGUACUUUUUGAUAAUAAGUUUCAAAAUGAGUGUAAUAAUUAAGAAUGCUUUAAGAAUUCCUGCUCUUAAAUCGGCUGGAAAACUUUUCGGUACAAAUUCCACUGUUAAUGUCACCAAAAUCCAAGCUACCAGGAGUAUCUGGAACUUGUCGCAAUCUCAGGAAACUUUUCAUCAUAAGUGCCGCAAACACAAUUUUUGUCAAUGUUCUUCUUUAAGAAGUGUACACACUCGAGGUGGUAAUUUCCUGUCUAAAACUGCUACAGAAACUGCCCCUGGAGUAGCAGCCACUGAUUUUACUCAAGGAGAGAAAGAACUUGCUGAUUUUCUUGUGGAGGAAAUAUCAGCUGAAAGAAAGUUACAAAAAAGUAAGAAAUUACCUUCUGAAAUUGAUGGGUUUAAAAUUGUAAUUGAAGGAUCUGAAAUCAGCCUUGUAAAGAAAAAUGGUGAUGAAACAAUUGAAGUAAACUUCAAUGUCAAUCAUUCUGUCGAUACCGACCCAGUUGAACCUGAAAUUGAACCUACAAUGGACAAACCUGAACUUGGCGAGAUGAAAUCUAGACCUACUUUUGAAGUUGAAAUCAAUAGGGCAGGGCAGACACUGGGCUUCACGUGUUCAACUGUAUCACCUUCUCACCAGCAAGGCCAGCAAGAAGAAAGUUACAAUGAUCUAUUUCUUAUUGAUGAAGUUGUUAUGUACCAAGGAGACUGGAAAGAUUCAAAUUAUUCAGUUUCUGGAGAGGUUCUUGAUGGAACACUUUAUGACUUGUUCAUGAACCUCUUAGAAGAUAAAGGAAUCAGCAAUGAGUUUGUCGAAAAAUUGAUUGAUUUCUCCACAUCUUAUGAGCAUGAAAGCUAUAUUCGAAUGCUUGAAGAUAUUCAGAGCUUAAAGCAUAGAAGGAAUGAUAGUAGUGAUUUAUAUGCAAGAUAUUUACUACUAAAAAAACAAAGAGAAAAAAGAACUCCGAAAGUUUGAAACUUAAAGGUGAAAAGAGUCAUAAUCAAUAAUGAAGAAUAGAAAGACAAAUUAGCUUGAAAUAUUCAGCUAAAAGAACAAGGCCACAGAAUAAUAAGUACAAAAUUUAAAUUUUGGAUUUAAUUUUUAUUAGGAUACCAGCUAUCCACAAUAGAAUCAUGAGCAGAUUUAUCUUUUGCAUUCAGUUUCUUAAAAUCACAACGAUUUUUUAAUAUUGUACUAGAAAGAAAGGAACAGUUUUGUUAAUGUAUAAGAAGUUUAACAAAAAAAAAAUACAAUUUAAAAACAAAAUAUCUACUUAAAU